CUAUUCACCAGCCCACGUCUCUGUCUCUUUUUAGAUAUUUAUCGUACCUUUCUUUUAUUGACCUUCACAAGCACAACUUUGGAACCACUGAACUAACCUGACCCGUAGAAGCAAAUCUCUUAGGGACAGAAAGCUUUUGCAAUUUGUCAUUCCUUUCUAUUUGCACUGCACUGCACUUCACUUGACCUGGGCCACAUUUUCCAAUUGAUGAUAUUCGCAACUUUCACUGGUACAUAGGAUUGCCUUGAGCAAAGCUCACUUAUUCAUCUUUUGCCCAGCUUAUGAUGAAUCCGGGUUCCUAGACUGUAGAAGAUUAUAUCAUCAAGUAAAUUGCCCUCUACUUACAAGGCUGCAACCUCUAUCUAUCUAUCUAUCUACUUAGGUAGUCCACCAUCCAACUCACCAUCCAGCCCAUCAUCCAGCCCACCUCAGCCAAAAUUGCUUCUACUGAAGUUCCUUUCGCACUUCAACCAUGUCGUACACCGAUGAUGCUGUAUUGGCCAAGCUAUCUGCCCUCUCUGAGGCUUCGGAUAGCAUUGUGUCUGUAUCUCAAUGGAUCAUGUUUCAUAGGCGUCAUGCAGACCGAACUGUACAGCUGUGGCUACAGCGUCUGAAGGACUCAUCAAGUCCAAGACGUCUUAGUCUUUUAUACCUCGCCAAUGAAGUGGCUCAACAAACUAAGGCGCGUCAUAGGGAGGACUUCGUUGUUGCAUUUUCGCCGAUUAUUGCAGAAGCCGUGGCCACCGCCUACAAAGGUGCUUCAACAGACAUACAACAGAGGAUCCAACGAGUAGUAGACGUUUGGAGAGACCGAGAAGUCUUCGAGCAACCAAUACUGGAAGCGAUAGAAGUCCGUAUACAAGAAAUCAAUGAAACUCGCGGCAGCGCCAAAACCGGGCUUGGUGGCUCGAUAUUCGGAUCUGCUGUGUCCAUUCCAGCAGAGCUCGCACCACUUACCACCCCCCAGCAAAACGUCACAAAACUACAACUGGGCAUGAAAACCGCUGUCAACUCUGCCAACCAGGAGUAUGCCAAAUUAUUAGGACCCGGUAGCACUGCGCCUUCGGCCCCGGUGUAUGCUGCUCGCCUGAGUGGGCUGUUGAAAAACCUGGCUCAGGCUGAGGGUGCGGUGGAACAAUGCGUGAAAGCUCGCCGAGAGCUUGUUGCAGCGCUACAGAAAGUUCUCGAUACAAACCGAAACGCCCUCAUCGCAGAAGAGGAUCAGUUAGAGACUUGUGUCGGACGACGAAUGGAGGUAGAAGAAAAGAAGACAGAAGUGGAACGAGCUAUUAUGGCAGGGCUUCCGGAUGACGAGCCAUAUCUAUCCAGCAACAUCCCAAAUGAUCAGCCAAUUCCGGAACCUGACAGACCCGAGGUUGAGGCCCUUACUCCACCCGCAAUGCAAUCAGACGAUCCUGAGCGAUCGAGCUCCCCAGACGAGUUUGAGCAACAGUCGUCCAACACGACCGUGGAAAUCGCCAGCCACCGACCCAGUACACAAGAUUCGGGAACACAUCAUGAUCUUGGUGCGCAGUACAAGUCAGUGUCAACUACCGUCAACGGAUCUAAGAAACGUAAACUGGAUGAGGGCAAUGACUUCCCUGAUCUCGGGGAGGAUGACGGGAUCGAUGCAGAUGUAGCGGAAAUGCUUCGCCGAGACAGCAGUGGCUCGUAGAUGGCAUCAUUCUAUUAGAUGCAACUACUCCUUUUAUAAUGGAAUGGAUAAUGAGAACUAAGGUUAGGCGAUGUACAGUAAUGGCUCUAAUUUGGUCUUGGGAGGUUAUAUCAAUGGUUUACUGCCUUAUAAUUGUAUUGGUUGUGCCCACGAGGCGUCUUCCGUCUCCUUUAUGCUUCCUACAUAUCGAUGGCUUCAGUGAAAAAUCGUAAAGUUUCCUCGCCUAUGAUUUUUAGGUUAUACAUAGUUAUAUCUAUUGAUCAAAA